CAUGUUUCCAUUUAGAAGACCUUUAAAAACAUGACUUUAUCUGUGAAGAUUGUAGACAACUAAAUGUUUCAGUAAUAUAGAGAAACUAUAUUUAUUGACAUACACAAAUGAUUGCUUUGCAUCUGACUGCAUUCCCUCCUCUGAGGCAUCUAUGAGGUCUGCUUCCUCACAGGCGGAGAUCUUCUGUGGACACGGAGCAGCACAAGGAGCAGCACGAGCCUUUCAACAGCCAACUGAGACAAAGCGACAGGAGGAUAAAAACAGAAGACUUUUUAACAUCCCAGGGAUAAAUGCACAUCAGCAGACUUAUAAGGAGGGCUCUUGGCUUCUGCAGCAAUCCCCCCUGCGGGGCUGAGCUCUUUUGGCUGGCUCAACACUUCCUUAGCAGAGGGGCUGCUGGCAGGAGCCACAUCUGAACAGGUCAUGAAGCCUCGAGAGGCUGAGCUCGUCACUGAAAUCUCAAAGUUACAAUGCAUGGUCACAGAACUCAAAACGGGUUUUACCAGCGCCUUGCUGGAGCUCAGUCAGAUCCAGCAAGGAGACUCGCACCUGAGGGAGAAGCUGGAGGAGAACAGGAGGAGCUGUCAGAAGAAAGCUUUCCGGUUGGAGGCUCUGGUGGAGUCACUGAGGGAAGAACUUGGAGUGCUGAGGUGUCAGAUUGUGCAGCUGUACAGCAGCAGACACAGGACUGAUCAGGAUGGAAAGAGCUCCAUGUCCAAACCAACAGAAAGCGGUCCAGCAGAGCCGGUUGGGGACCAGAGAAUUUGCCGGUGUCCAUCUCCUCCAGCAGCCUGCCUUUCCAGAGGGAAACUGCUGCUUCACUGUUUCCUCCAGGGUCUAAAAGCUGGGCUGAGUGAAGGAACAGAUGCUCGACAUCAGGUGGCGAUGCAGCUCCUGCACUCUGAGUGGGAAUAUGUGUCAACUCUAAACCAGCUGUAUGAAAAGUACAAAACGCCUCCAGGCCAUCAGACCGACAUGGAGCAAUAUCAGACAUAUGUGACGUAUGUGGAGCAGCUCCUGCAGCGACAUGUGCACUUCAGGAACACCCUGCAAGAAAGGUUAUCUGCAGAACACUGGAAAUCUCUAGUUGGAGACAUCGUGGUUCAGCUUAUUGGCCAAAAUGAUACAGCUUUUUCAGACGUGUACCUUGGAUACACGACGACUCUGGCAUCAUUCCUCUCACUUGAGUUCAGCCGACUGAAUCAGCAGGAGAAAAGUGACCAAACGCAGAGGGGCCAGAUGGAGAGAGAGGAAAUAAAACUGCUCUCUUUGCUGCUGGCUCCUGUUGCUCGCAUCCACGGCUACCUGAGUCACAUUCAGAACCUGCUGCAGUGGACUGGUAAGGAGCAUCCUGACUGCAGCCUCCUGCUGGGGUCUGAACGAGCUCUGAGGAGCAUUUUGUCUCGUUGUCACGUGAUUUUGGAGGAGGAUGUUCGAUGGGAGGAAGAGGAAAGAGCAGAGCAAAGUGGCCCCUGUGAUGCUGCAGUUGCUGUUGUCUCUGGAAGCUGUUGCUCCAGGUGCCAGCGGUUAAAUGAGGAGUCGAGCUCUUCUGCUCAGAGAGAUCUCCAGUGUGCUGUUCCCCUCACCAACGGGGUGGACGGCUGUCACUCGAUGCGUCUGGAGUGCUGGUCCUGCAGCCCGGUACGGAGGAAGGGCCUCAGAAGAGACCAGGCCACCCUGAGCCAGCCAGUCCACAGCUGUAGUCCUGGCUGCUGCUCCCUGCUCACCCCAGACGCCACAGGAUGGGGAGAAAACAGCGACUCUGGUCAGGGCACCUUCAGCCACCCCACAGUGAGAUCCACCAACGAUCUGGAGACAUCACAUGCAAACCACAUGGAGGGCUGCGAGACGGACCCCGAUGACACCUCUGCCUUCGAUUACUCCUCUGUGACGUCCUGCAGCCCUGACGGCACCCUGCGCAGAGAGAUGAUGGACACCAACAGCGGGGAAGAUGAUGACGAAGAGGACAGCCAGGUUCCGGUGCUGCUGAAGCCGUCCUACAGCCGGCAGCAGCAGGAGCAGCAGCCCCCCACAGGGGAGACCAGAGGGAGAACUGUGUGCGUGAGGUGGCAGAUUCCCAGAGUCACCCCUCAUCCUCCUCUUAGGAGCCCUGCAGGGCCGUACAUAGACGGGCCGACGCCGUGCCUCAUCAGCUCCUUUGGAAAGAGGCUGGUCAGCGUGAGGAAAGGCUCCCCUCCUCCACAUUUGAAAAGUGCCUUCAGGCCCAUCUGGGAUGAUCCGUCUAAGCAGCAGGCAGAUUCAGCUCCAGAAAGGGACAACAGAGCAGGUUUCAUUCCAGUUUCAGCACCAGGGAGGCACGACUUCCAAGCUUUUAAUCCCAGCAGGGAAAAGCUCAGACCAGCGCUUGCUCAGCAGCGAGGGAACCAAGCAGCACCAGCAGCAGGCGGGGGAGGACUGUGGGACAGUGAGGACAGUGAGGGACCCUGCAGCACAGUUUGACCUUUUGCAGGCGUCUCCAGAAGCACGGCGAGAAAAACCGGAGCUCAAGCCGGAUAAAUCACCCCAGAUUUGAACUACUGAGUGCAUGCUCCAGUGGAAACUACUGCUCCAUUCUUUCUCCAGUGUGUAAGAAAACUAAGGCUACAACACCCUGGGUUUUUCUUUAUUAAUUUGGAACAUAAUAUUUGCAGCUGGAAUCAACAGGUAUGUCGGUUUGAGGCAUAUGCAGCUGUGCUUGAAGAUUUACCUGCUGCCACUAAAAAAUGAAAAUGACAAAAGUAGCAAAUAAAAAUGAAACAAAAUGGAAAUCAUGACAUUGAUUUUGAAUGUAUAGAAUUACAAACGUAUUUAUAUAUUAAUCAAUAAAGCCCCUGAACUAAAAUUGUAUUAAGCAACAUCAAUAUCAGGUGUUUUCUGUUAAGUUCAGACUUCUGCACCUG